AUGACAUCCCAUUCAAUUGCUUCAUGUGAAAACACAGCUGUGCCAAGUUGGCUUGAACUUCCAAAAGACAUCACAACAAACAUUCUUCAGAGGCUUGAUACCAUUGACAUUGUAACAAGUGUUCGUUAUGUGUGUCCUUUAUGGUGGAACAUUUUCAAGGAUCCUCUCAUGUGGCGCACUAUUCACAUAACAAGUGAUACUCGUUUUCAUUAUUAUGGCCAGUUGGUGAAGAUUUGUCAUUAUGCUAUUAAACAAAGUUGCGGUCAGUUAGAAGACAUUAGCAUGGAGAAGUUUGCAACUGAUGAUCUCCUUAAAUCCAUAGCUGAGAAUGCUAGUAAUCUACGAUGCCUGAAGAUUCCAAGUUGCCAUAGAAUUUCAAACAAAGGAUUCAAUGAAGCAGUAAAAAAGCUUCCACUGCUAGAGACGCUGGACAUUUCACUGUGCAACUUAACCACAGAUUCUCUUGAAGUUGUUGGCCAAUAUUGCCCUCUUUUAACAGUUCUCAAACUUGAGAGAAUGGGGUUUAGAUAUAAUGCACAUGACAUUGGUGAUGAGGCAUUUGUCAUUGCAAAAGCAAUGUUUGGAUUACGUCAUCUUAAUAUAAUAGGAAAUGUGCUAUCUGAUGCCGGGUUGCUUGCAAUUCUUGCUGGUUGCCCUCAUCUUGAAUCUCUUGAUAUUCGUGGAUGCAAAAAUCUUUUUUUGAAUGGAAGCUUGAAGAAACAGUGCCUUGAUCAGAUUAAAAAUGUGCAACUACCAGAAAUCGUUGUGAUUCCAGUGCCUAGAGUUUCACCAGUACCAACAUUUUAUAACUAUGAAGACUAUUCUGACGAUGACCGCAUUACAUAUUGGGAUUCUAUAAUAGAUGAUGAUUGUUACGAUCCUUACGAUUGA